AACACCGGCGACUUUCAACAGCUCUGCAUAGAGCAUCACCAACUAUUUACAGUAUUCAAAAUUACAGCUACUCAGUAUACGGACUAAUAGAUAAAGUUCGCUACUCAGCUGCAGAUAUAAACGCAGCGACACGGCGAUGGAUCUCGCGGUCUCACACAGCGCAGCACAGGCGGCGCCUCAAAAGCGCAAUCGCGUGCUGCUAUCGUGUGCACCAUGCCGAAAUUCUAAGCUCAAAUGCGACAGAGGAGAUCCCUGUAGCCAGUGUGAAAAGAAGCAGCGGCCUGAUGCUUGCGUUUACGCGCCAAAGCCUAUCAAGAAGAAGCCGCCACCAAAGGGAAUGUCGGCCCGGUUGAAGAGGUUGGAAGGCAUGGUUCGGAAUAUUAUGGACGUUGAGGGGAAUGAGGAGCUCAUGAAGCAUAUUCUGGCGGGCUCUGAAUCUGGGGACCGCAAUGGUGCUUCCAAGACACCCAAGGGCCAUGUCGUGCAGAGUGGAAGUGUUCCGACGUAUGUUGGAGCAACUCACUGUAUGGCAAUGCUGGAAGACAUUGAAGAUAUGAAGGCCUACUUUGACGAGGAUGGUGAUGAAGAUGAAGGCGCUCUGCCCUCAGACGAACUAGACGGCGCGGAGAUGCUGUUGCAAACGAGCAAUGCUCCAGGUGACCGCCACGAACUUCUUGCUCAGUUACCUGAGAAACAUGUCAUGGAUAGGCUUAUUAUGCGAUAUUUUGCUUCGUCAAGCCCUUCCCAACGUAAGCAUUAGGUACCAGGCUAAGAGCUGCACGACACUGCCCGCUAAGACAAGAACAGAUGUUAUCCAUAAGCCAAUGUUUACACGGAAUUAUGCCAAAUUCUGCCAGGACCCAGAGAGUGUUUCACUCCACUGGAUCGCUCAGCUCUUCAUGGUUGUUGCGCUCGGCCUAGUCUUUAACCAUUUCACAGCGCCUCACGAGCUAGAGGCUGAUUCUUCAGUGCCUGUCAUGGAACAAAUUCGAAACUUUCGGUCCUGUGCCGCCUGGGCACUAACAUGGGGCAAAUAUACGCAGCCAACGCAUGAGACUCUUCCUGCAUUUAUCCUGUAUGUGGAGGCAUACUUCCUCUUCAACCGCGCGGCACAGAUGAACUGCUACAUCUUAUCAGGCGUUUGCGUUCGACUGAUGCUAAAGAUGGGGUUACACCGCGACCCUAGCAAGCUUCUCAAUAUUUCAGCAUUUGAAGGAGAAAUGCGCAGACGAUACUGGUACAUGGCUGUACAGGUUGAGCUACUGGUGUCGUUUCAUAUGGGCUUGCCUAGCAUCAUGGCGGGCAUAGAAUCGGACACAGAAUUUCCAAAGAACUACAAAGAUGAUGAUUUUGAUGAGGAUAUGAAGCAAAUGCCCCAAGAACGGUCGUUGAUGGACCACACGCACAUGACGUAUCCCAUCAUAAAGACCAAGCUUAUGACAGUGUUUGGCAAGAUUGCUCGACAAGCCCAUGCACUGACACCACCGAUGUACGCAGAAACAAUGCGACUGGAUUCCAUGCUAAACGGCGUGUGGGAUUCGGUACCAGCCAUAGUCAAAUUCCGCCCGCUCGAGGAGAGCGUCGGCGACGCCCCAUCACUCAUUAUUCAACGCAUAGGUCUUGCCUCGUUAUAUAGCAAGGCUAGAUGCGUUUUACACCGAAGAUAUCUUGCGGAACCUAUUUUGAAACGCGAGCAUGACUACUCUCGGAUACAGUGUUUAGAUGCAGCAGUCACACUUUUGCACUUCCAAUCCACCAUGUGGACGGCUACUAGACCCGGCAAUAGUCUGAGCGAGGUUGGGUGGUUUGUGUCGUCUCUCGCUGUCCACGACUAUAUGCUGGCGGCUACAAUCAUCUACAUUGUCGUCAAGUGCGAACAAUAUUCCGACUCUGGAAAGGACAUGGAAUGGGCGAAGACGGAUAAGACACUUCCUAGUCGCGCUGCCCUAGUCGACAUGCUCCGGCGGUCCUAUGAGAUUUGGACACAUGUAUCAUCGUCGGUGACGGAAUUGAGAAAGACAUCAGAUACGCUACGUGUGAUGCUCACCAAGUUAGGCUCCCCCGUCCCCAGCCCAGAUGCCUCCACAAACAGCCCCCCAGAUCUUAUCUCGGAGCUGUCUCGCAGCCGUGGCGCAUCGACCGCGACGUCAUGGAAUACCGGACCGACAUCAGUCGACGUCGCCUCAAGCACAGGUCUGGGGCAACUGCUGCAACAUCAGCAGCCACCUCUAUCAUUCGGGCUAUCUGACACCGAUCCGUUACUCUCAUCUGUGUACGCCACCGGUGAUGGGCUGUUUGAUGCUUCUCAGAUGGACACAGCGUGGAUGGCCGUGGCCGAUGAAAUGGACUGGCGUCAAGUCGACAUAUUCGGGACAAACCAAGCCGAGAUGAACCUAAGCAUGGCCGACGACGGAUGGGCAGCAAAUGCCUCUGCGUGGAAUAUCAGAUAGGAACCCAAGUUUCCCCCCCAAAAAAUACAUAAAUAAAAAUUAACCAAAAAGCACUGACCAGUUUGUCAAAUACCGGUAGUGAGUUAUAGCAAAAUCAUACAAUAGCCUGAAGAGGCGCUAAAAUCGCAGCAUUGCGCUUUGACUUCCCAAUAUGGGCAGCCGCUUCUGG